AUAGCCAUUGUCAAUUAGCUUCGAGUCAAUUCCUCUCUUUUCCUUCCUCCUUCCUUUUUUUUCCAAGUAUAUCUAUAUAUCAUUCUUCUCUUCCCCUGUUUUCUGAAACUCAACAGUUUCUCUUCUUUUCUCGUAAGAAAAAACAUCAAACACUUAUACAUAGUGUUGUAUCAAUGGAGAUAGAGGUAAUGAUGCCAUCUCCAGCGGUGGAUUUCAACGUCGACAGUGGUUGCACAACUCCUUAUAUGAGUGCACCUUCAAGUCCUCCACGUGUCGCCACCUUGUUCUACAGUGCACCCGCUAGUCCCACCCGCAUUUCCUCACUUUACGAUGAAAUUAACUUUGACCCAAUUGAAGAUGAUGAUUUUGCUUUUGAUUUCAGUGGUCAAUUAGAGAGGAUUUCUUUUUCAGCAGCUGAUGAACUCUUUGAUGGUGGAAAAAUUAAGCCUUUAAAACCACCACCUCGGUUUCAGUACGAAGGAAAACACAUUGAUUCUCCAAAAUCACCAAAAAAAUUGUUCAAAGAAGCAUUUUCGCCCCGACAUAAAAAGAAAGAUUUUGACCCAUUGGCUGCAGCUUUACAAAAACAGAGUCAAACAGAGGACUAUCAGAAUUUGGAAAACUCUUCAAGUUCAAGGGAAAAAGGAACAAGAUCAUUAUCACCAUUUAGAGUUUCUGAUUUAUUAUAUGAUCAAGAAAGCAAUCAACAAAACCCAAAAAAGUCAGCCUCUGUUUCAUCAUCGUCAUCUUCUUCUUCCUCCUCUUCAACUUCUUCAGUUUCUUCAAUGAUCUCACUCUGGUCCAAAAAAUGGAAACUCAAAGACUUGUUUCUAUUCAGAAGUUCUUCAGAAGGUCGAGCAAGUAGUACGGAACAAUUAAAUAAGUACGAAUUAUUGAAGAAGAGUCAUCAAGAAGAUGUGAAAAAUUCCAGCUUUAGGUCAACAGACAGUGUUAGAUCGAGAAAGAAAGGACCGGUUUCGGCUCAUGAGUUGCAUUAUACAAUGAACAGGGCAGUUUCAGAAGAGAUGAAGAAGAAAACAUAUUUGCCAUACAAACAGGGUUUAUUGGGUUGCUUAGGUUUCAAUGCAUCAAUGCGAGAAUCUGUUUCAAAAAGUGUAGCUAAUUCUAUGUCUAUGAGUCGCCGCUAAUACUUCAGAUUGUGUAGUUUUUUUUGCUUAAUUUCAUUUGAUCAUUUUCCUCUUGAGAAUUAAUUUGUUAUACAUUUCUCUCUGGAAAAAAAUUUAAAAAGAGAAGAGAAAGCAGAGAGGGUGCUUACAGUUUCAAUUUUCUUUUUUGUGUAUUUACAUCAUUCAUAUUGUGCAUAAAGUAUUCAAUGAAAAAAAAUAUAUUCUUUCA